AUGGUGAGCUAUCAGAGUUUCCCUUAUUUGCUUUUAAUUUCUGGUACACCAAGUGUCAGCUUAUUCAUGCCACUUGGGAUAAUUUCUCCUCCAUCCUUUUUCUUAUCGUGUGAGUCAGAUUUGGAAAGAAGACAUAUAUUUUGCAUUAACCAGGAGGCUUUGCCCUCCCAGGAGGGAGGAUCCGCUGGUCCAAUGACAAGGGUGUUCCUGGCACCUAGGAGCGCCCGUGUUGGGGCAGGGAUCCCUGCCGGCGGUUUUGGGUUCUGCAGUGGGAACGAGCAGCGUCUGCGAGGAGGACGCCCCGGGACUAGGGCCGCGCUGGUGAAGGCGGGGCAGCCGCGGGGCGUGGGAGAGCAGGCAGACGUGGGGUGCCUGGAUCGCUUUCCCGCGAUCGAGCACCCGGCGCGGCCGCCGCGGAGCCGAGGGGCAGCCCUCUGCAGGCAGCUGCUGCUGACCCUCGUGGUCUUCAGUUUAGCUUGUGAAGCCUGCAAAAAUGUGAAAUUUAAUAUACCUUCCCAACUAGAGGCAGACAAGUUGGUUGGCCGAGUUAAUUUGAAAGAAUGCCUCAGGUCUGCAGAUCUCAUCCACUCCAGUGACCCUGACUUCAGAGUUCAAGAUGACGGGUCCGUUUACACAGCCAGCGCUGUUCUGUUGUCUGGUGAGAAAAGAUCAUUCGCCAUACGGCUUUCUGACACCAAGAAACAGACACAGAGAGAGAUUAUGGUGCUCCUGGAGCGUCAGAAGAAGGUCCUGAGGAAAAGACACACUAAUGAAACUGUUCUCAGGCGUUCCAAGAGGCGAUGGGCACCGAUUCCCUGCUCCAUGCAAGAGAAUUCCCUGGGCCCUUUCCCUCUGUUCCUUCAACAAGUUCAGUCUGAUGCUGCACAGCACUAUACCAUCUUCUAUUCAAUAAGUGGACCUGGAGUUGACCAAGAACCUUUAAAUUUGUUUUUCAUAGAAAAAGACACUGGAAAUCUAUUUUGUACUCGGGCUGUGGAUCGUGAAGAAUAUGAUGUUUUCGAUCUGAUUGCCUACGCGUCAACUCCCGAUGGGUAUUCAGCUGACUUACCUCUUCCGCUGCCCAUCAGAGUGGAGGACGAAAAUGACAACCGCCCUAUUUUCACAGAGGCCGUUUAUAAUUUUGAAGUUCCGGAAAGCAGUAGACUUGGGACAACAGUGGGAGUGGUUUGUGCCACGGACAGAGACGAACCAGACACGAUGCACACGCGUCUGAAGUACAGCAUUGUGGAGCAGACGCCAAGAUCACCUGGGCUCUUUUCUGUGCAUCCCAGCACGGGCGUAAUCACCACCGUGUCUCCUUAUUUGGACCGAGAGGUUAAAGACAAGUACUCAUUGAUAAUGAAAGUCCAAGACAUGGAUGGUCAGUUUUUUGGACUGAUGAAUACAGCAACUUGCAUCAUAACAGUGAAAGAUUCAAAUGACAAUUUACCCACUUUCAGACAAAAUGCUUACGAAGCAUCAGUAGAGGAAAAUACAGUCGAUGUGGAGAUUUUACGAAUACCUAUAGAUGAUAAGGAUUUAAUUAACACUGCCAACUGGAGAGCCAAUUUUACUAUUUUAAAGGGCAAUGAAAAUGGACAUUUCAAAAUCAGUACAGACAAAGAAACUAAUGAAGGUGUCCUAUGUGUUGUAAAGCCACUGAAUUAUGAAGAAAACCAGAAAGUGGUCCUGGAAAUUGGAGUAAACAAUGAAGUUCCAUUUACCAGAGAUGCUGCACUCAGAGUGACAACCAUGAACAGGGCCUUGGUCACAGUUCACGUGAAGGAUCAGGAUGAGGGGCCUGAAUGCAGCCCUGCAGUCCAAUAUGUACAGAUUAAAGAAAACUCCGCAGUGGGGUCAAAGAUGAAUGGCUAUAAGGCACAUGACCCUGAAAAUAGAACCAGCAGUGGUAUAAGGUACAAGAUAUUGCAUGAUCCUAAAGGGUGGAUCACCAUUAAUGAAAUUUCAGGGUCAAUCCAAACUUCCAAAACCUUGGACAGGGAGGCUGCAACUCCCAGAAAUGACUUGUAUAAUAUUACAGUCCUGGCACUAGAUCAAGAUGGCAGAUCAUGUACCGGAACACUUGCAGUUAACAUUGAAGAUGUGAAUGAUAACCCACCAGAAAUACUUCAAAAUUAUCUAGUAAUUUGCAAACCAAAGAUGGAGUACACUGACAUUUCAGCCGUUGAUCCUGACGAGCCUAUCAAUGGGGCUCCAUUUUAUUUCGUCUUGGCAGACACUUCUCCGGCAGUCAACAGAAUAUGGACCCUCACCAGAGUUAACGAUACGGCCGCCCGUCUCUCAUAUCAGAAAAAUGCUGAAUUUCAAGAAUAUUAUGUCCCUGUUACUGUAAAGGAUAGAGCGGGUCAAUCUGCAACCAAAAUCUUGAGAGUGAAUCUCUGUGACUGCACUCAUCCAAGUCAAUGCCGUGCGACUGCCCGGAGCGCAGGCGUGACGCUCGGCAAAUGGGCGAUCCUUGCGAUACUUCUGGGCAUAGCGUUACUUUUUUCUGUAUUGCUAACUUUAGUAUGUGGAGUUUUUAGUGCCAAAAAAAGAAAGGGUUUUCCUGAAGAUCUGGCACAGCAAAACUUAAUUAUAUCCAACACAGAAGCACCUGGAGAUGAUAAGGUGUGUUCUGCCAAUGGGUUUAUGACCCAGACAGUCAACAACUCUAGCCAAGGCUUGUGUGGUACUAUAGGGUCAGGAGUCAAAAACGGAGGCCAGGAGACCAUUGAGAUGAUAAAAGGAGGCCACCAGACCUUGGAGUCGUGCCGGGCGGCCGUGCAGCAUCACACCCUGGAGUCCUGCAGGGGAGGCCCUGUGGAGACGGACAACUCCAGACACACUUACUCAGAGUGGUACAGUUUCACUCAGCCCCGUCUCGGUGAAAAAUUGCAUCUGUGUAAUCAGGAUGAAGACCGCAUGCCAUCUCAAGAUUACGUCCUUACGUACAACUACGAAGGACGCGGGUCUCCAGCUGGCUCUGUGGGCUGCUGCAGUGAAAAACAGGAAGAAGAUGGCCUUGACUUUUUAAAUAAUUUGGAAGCCAAAUUCACUGCGUUAGCAGAAACCUGCACAAAGAGAUAAUGUCACACUGCUACUAUCAGACACGUCUUUCUCAGACAUCCUGGAGGUUUCCAAAAGGGAUAUUGCAAAAUGCAAUUUAUACCUCUCUCUAUAGAUACAUAUGAAUAUGAAUACAUAUGAAUUUUCCUAAAUUUUCAAAUUAUGCUAUGUACCAAUUUGUAAUUUUAAAGCAAUUUGUUACUUAUCUGUUCAAGAAGUUUAAAAUGUUAAAAUAGAUUUUGCCUCCUUUACUGAUGAGUAAAUAGACAACCAGCAAAUCUCAUGCUAUAGCACUGGAAUUAAGGUCUAUAAAGGACCUCCUCUCCUUUACAGAUAUUUUCCCAAAUAUUAGUCCAACUAAUAGUAGCUGUACUUGAUUGAAUAUAGUUGAACGGCUAUCUGGGCUAGAAAUUCUGUUCUUGUUCCACAUGUAGAUAAAAAUGGAAUACUAAGAUCAUGGGAAAUUAUGUGGGAUUUUUUAGCUCUAAAAAAAUCGGUAGCACCUAGUUAUUUGCUCUGAGGACUACUGGAAUUUUAUUUUCCUUUUGGGUAGCAACUAGAUCACAAAAAGAAGUUCUCUCUACUCAGUUGCCCGAGUAAGGUCUCAAAAAUGCAUAGCCACGUGGGAGGGUAUAGCUAAGUGGUAGAGCACAUGCUUAGCAUGCACCAGAUCUUGGGUUCAAUCCCCAGUGCCUCCAUUAAAAAAAAUAA